AUGGAAAAAAAUGGAGCUGACCAUGACAUCACUACGGAAGAAUCUAAUGGUUUGUUCAUAGGCAACUGUAAUAGUAGUACAGGAGAGUCAGAGACAAAUGAUCGGGUUUUUCAGCAUCUAACCUGCAUGGAUUCCAGGGAUCCGUUGUUUGGACAGAGUGACUCUCCUGCAGCCUUGCCCAUCACAGUACGCCUCUCGGGCAGUUCAUCCUCGGCUGCGCCUGCGCGGCCACCCCAGCCCCAGCCUCACUCUGCAGAGGAGUUCCGCCUGGUAGACCAAACUGGACAGACUCUCUAUGAGCUGCAGCCCCUUGGAGGGCCCAGUGCGCCGAUGAUGAUUGUUGCCAGCCAGUCAGAAAAUGGACAGGUGCUGCAUGUUUUUCCUUCUGCCCAGCCAGGAAUGGCCCAAGUGAUUAUUCCUCAAGGUCAGCUUCUGGAUGUGACCAGCACGCAGGGUGUUUCGGAAGAGAAGUGUGGUGAUGGGAACUUGCAGACUGUGGCGGUGGCUGCUAUAGCAGACAGUGGAAGCAGUUACAUUCUCCAUCCACAGGCAUCUCUCACCAUAUCAAAAAAAACAGACGCCAGUGUGGUGGAAGAUCACUUUCCCAUCCCUCUCCAGCCAUUGCCACCAAAUAUGCCUGCAUGGGCACGCUGUCUCAGGAACUGUGAGAAAAUUGGGGACUCGUACCGCGGCUAUUGUGUGAGCGAGACAGAAUUAGAGAGCGUUCUAACGCUACACAAGCAGCAAACACAAAGUGUGUGGGGGACGCGCCAGUCUCCAAGCCCAGCCAAACCCGCCACACGGUUGAUGUGGAAAUCUCAGUAUGUCCCAUAUGAUGGGAUCCCCUUUGUCAAUGCAGGAAGCAGAGCCAUAGUAAUGGAGUGCCAGUAUGGGCCAAGGAGGAAAGGGUUCCAGCCCAAAAAAGCUGGUGAGUCAGAAAGCACCUCUGGCCAUCUGUACAAAGCCACGUGUCCAGCAAGAAUCUAUAUUAAAAAGGUUCAAAAGUUUCCAGAAUACAGGGUUCCUACUGACCCUAAAAUUGACAAGAAAAUCAUAAGAAUGGAGCAGGAGAAAGCAUUCAACAUGCUGAAGAAGAACUUGAUAGAUGCUGGCGGCGUCCUCAGGUGGUAUGUACAGUUACCCACUCAGCAAGCCCACCAGUAUCAUGAGAUGGAAACAUCCUGCCUCCCUUCUUCACCCUCCCACUUGUCUGUGUCUUCUCCUGAGGAGGAGGAGGAAAUUGUUAGAGAUGAGAACUGUACUUUGCCUUCCCGACUUCAUCCUCAAGUGGCAGACAAGAUCCGAGAGCUGGUGUCUCAGGGAAUACAGCAGGUCUAUGCAGUGAGGAAGCAGUUAAGAAAGUAUGUGGAAAGAGAAUUAUUCAAGCCUGAUGAAGUGCCAGAAAGACAUAACCUGUCCUUCUUCCCCACUGUGAAUGACAUCAAGAACCACAUUCAUGAAGUGCAGAAAUCAUUGAGGAAUGGCGAGACAGUGUGUAAUUCAGAAAGUAUCCCAGCAACACUGCAGUGGACCACAGACAGUGGGAAUGUUCUCACAGAAACAGUGACUGUUACGUUUGCCUCACCACCUUCAGAUGGGAGCUCAGCAGGAGAGUCAGUGGUCACCAAAGCAGAAUCAAACCACAGCGGGGAGUCCUUGCUGCCAGAAACAGCUCAGCUGUUGUCUUCACUUCAGCCCAAGAUAUUUGCACAACUUCAGGGAUUACAGCUGCAGUCAACUUUUACCUCCACAAAGGAAUCAGCAGCCCUGAUAGCUGUAAAUAACCAUUCCCCUCCCAGCCCUGCAAGUCUUCUGGAUUCCAUAGGAAGUGCAAUAACCAGCCAUUCUCUAGCACUUAGUCAGGGACACAGUCUGCAAGCAGGUGCUGGCCUAGCACAGCAUAGCAGUGCUGCCUCUGCUUUUGUGGCUCCACCGGGCUCUGACCAGAGUCUGGUCACCAUAGGCCAGUUGGUAGCAGUUGGAGGGGUAGAUGACUCCAGAAGUCUAGAAGGAGGAGUCCAACAGAUUCUCUUGGGAGAUGUACAGACUAUUCCAGUACGGAUUGUGGACAGCCAUCCAGCACUUACUGAAGAAAAUACAGAGGGUGUUCUCUGUGUGAGCCAAGUUAAGCAAGAGCCAAGAGAAAAAGCGUUGUCUAUGGAGCCAGAUAAAAUCAGAGACUGCCAUAGUUCCUCACCUACUUAA